GUAAUACAACUCAUGAAAAAGUUGCAUAUACAAUAGCAGUCUGCCAAAUUAUACUUGAUUCAAAGCAAGAUAGUUUGAUGAUAUUAGAGAGUAUUAUAAAAUAUAAACUUUCAAGAAAUUUGAGGAAGUUAGAAAAUAGUGAAGAAUUUUCUCUGUUUGAUUUUGAUAAAGAAAUAUUAAGCUUAGAAGAAAGUGAAAUUUCAGAAGAUUCUGAAAAACAAAAUAUAUUAAUAGUUACUUAUUUGCGCAAAGUUGUAAAAAUCUUAAAAAUAUUUUAG